AUGGGGUGUUCUUAGCGAAAACUGUAAGUAUCUGUUUAAAGAAGUUUGUAAGUGCUACUACAAAUUACUUUUACUUUUUCUCAAAGAGAUAUGUAUUUAAUGUAUUUAUUGUAUUUAGCUAAAGAAUCAUCUGACAUCCUUCAAGAAGCCGGUGUGACACUUAUCCCUAGGCCGCUUUGCAACAGCACAGAAUGGUAUAAUGGUAAGAUAGAAGAAUACAACCUGUGUGCUGGCCAUAAGGAAGGGAAGAUUGACAGCUGCCAGGGUGACAGUGGAGGACCUCUUAUGUGUAGGACAAAAUUUAGUGACUUUGCUGUGGUUGGAGUGACAAGCUGGGGAUCAGGAUGUGCCCGAAAGCAACGUCCUGGGAUUUACAGUAGUACCCAGUAUUUUACUGAAUGGAUCAAUAGAAAAUUGUACAAAAAGGCUACAAAAAGAUCAAAAAGAUCUGUUCUUAAAAAGAUCUUUUUUCAACAUGAUCUUACAACCCCUAGGAUAAAUAUGAAAGUAAAUACAGAAUACCAGCAUGCUACCAAAAACAAACUGAAACUAUAUAUGAUUGACGCAUUUAAGUCUAAAGCAGCCACCCAGUUGCCUAGGAGUGAAAACAGACCAAUGGCGAUGCCAGUGAAGCAUGGUUUUAAGAUGAAUCCAAGUGCAUAUUUGGUAAGCUCAGUUCAGCAACCUAAUGCACCAGUAUCUGUGCCAUAUAAUACACCAACACCAGAACCAGAUCAAAGAAAGCAGCUCCAAUCUUUAUGGCACCGUCUGAUACAGAUAUAUAGAUGGAUAUCAACUGUCUUGGUUUCUGGCCCUGCUAUGGGCGCAGCACAGCGUUAAUUUAAACAACUGGCUAAACAACUGACCGUUUGUGAGACGAACUGCCUUGUAGUGGGACAAUCUGAUCGGACAUUUGAAAAUGUCAUCUGUUGAUGCCAACAGCCAGUAUAUAAUGCAUCAACAGAUGAUAAAGUGAAGAGGAGCUACGGGCAUACACAUAUCAAUUUGAUCACAAAAAUAAAGUUUUGUACAAUUUUUUGGUAUGUGUAUGCUGGAGGGAUGAUCCGAUCGGAGGGUCCGCAGCUCCUCUUUACUUCCUGCAGUUCCAGUUAUUCAGACUGUUGACCAUUUAUAUGGUAUCCAUUUGACCCAUAUGUUAAUCAGAGGCUCACCCAAUCUACAGCCAACUUUAGUCUGAAGACUUAUUGAAGGUUGUAUAAUUUUUCUUUACCCUGAAUUUAUCUUGUUUUCCUUUGUUGCUAAAAUAAAGUUUUUUAAAUUGAUCUCCUGUGUUGCGUGGGAUUUCUAGGUUUAUGUGUAAUAACACAGUGGGUGUUCACAAUUAAAGUAUGAUUACCCACAUGAUACCACUAAGUAUCUUUAAAAAUAGAAGAACAUACCUGUAUGUUACACUGUUUUUUUUUAUGUAUAAGUAAUUGGAAUGAACCUGUGUAUAAUAACCUGAAAGUGAAUGAUGACAUCAUGCUGGUUAAUGUUUGUAAAGAUUGUUUAUUUGGUUAAUGAAAAGGAAAACAAAGAUGCUAUGCUAUUAUACAACUGUCUUUCUGU